GACGAUGGAGGUCCCCCGACGAAGUCCCCCGGGCGAGGCUCCCUGGAAGAAGCUAUCUAAGGAGGAGCUGGAGAAUCAGUACAGCCCCAGCAGAUGGGUCAUCCGACAGGGAGCCGAGGAGACCCUGAGGACGUACUCACACAUAGGAGACGAGGGUACUGGGGGCCCUCUCCAUGGCUGCCGUGGGUGGACUUUGGCAGGUGGCAGUGGUUCAGAAUGCUGGGGGCAGGAGGAGGCUCUCAGGGCGAUUCCCAAAGUCCAGGCACUUUGUAAGCCUUGUCGGCUCAGGGCCAGGCACCCAGGAGCCCUCGCCACAGGAUGGCUGGAGGCAGGAAACGCCCCACAGACCGUGAUCCACCUCCUCUCCUGCUCAGCCAACCAUGCCCAGGCCCAUUAG